AUGAAUUGCUCAAACUGUCACCAACGAUACAAUGAUGGCAGUCGACUUGCUCGAGAUUUAUCAUGCGGUCAUACGAUGUGCCAUAGCUGUUGGAUUCGAAACUCCGAUGGUGUUGACGUUGUGUGCCCAUUUGACAACGAAAAAACUUUUUUGGGAAAUUUUGUGCAGUCCAUAAACGAUGAGAUUCUGGCUCGGCUUUUUCCCCCUGAGGAUUCUACUGAUUCUGAAGACUCUGAGGACUUUGAGGAUUCUGAUGGAUCCGAGAAUAAGGACUCAGAUGACGACGGAGAAGAAGACGUCAAAAUCGAACAUCCAGGUUCUGACGAACGACACGAGAAGUCUGAGGAUUCUGAAGACUCUGAGGACUUUGAGGAUUCUGAUGGAUCCGAGAAUAAGGACUCAGAUGACGACGGAGAAGAAGACGUCAGAAUCGAACAUCCAGGUUCUGACGAACGAUACGAGAAGUCUGAGGAUUCUGAAGAUUCUGAGGACUCUGAAGAUUCUGAGGACUCUGAAGGUUCUGAGGACUCUGAAGAUUCUGAGGAUCCCGAGGAUGCGGAGGAGGAUUCUUAUGACAACAGUGAUUAA